CGACUUGAUUUUGCAAUUUCGUUUGUGACUCUUGGCCUGAUCCUACAAUCUACAUGGCAGGCGAAGUGUGGAGAUGAAAAGUGUCGCAAAGGAGUUCUUCUGUCUCACUGGUGAGACGGACCAAGGGAGGGUGAGUGUGUCAACACGCGGAGCCAGUAUGAGGAGCAGCCACACUCCUGGACACCGCAAAGGGAGUGAAUCUGUGCUGCGCAGGACUGUGACCUUGGAUUAUAAUGAUGGUGAUGACUAUGAUGAUACAGAGGGAAUCGCUGAACAUACAACAAAACCAGAAGUCACAGAAGAAUGGAUGUCAGUCAUGGGGGCAAAACUCCCAGAGUUACCAGUUCAUAAAAAGGAGACCUCAAGAACGAAAUGUGAGUCACCAAAAGAAUAUAUUCAGCUCCAAAGUGAUAAAGGGAUGAGUGUACCAGAAACACAGACAAGGAUGAAAGAUCAGGCCAAGAUACUGUUACCACUAAAGCCUUUCAGUGAGGGAUAUGAGGCUGCAUUCCUCAGGGACAGAAUGCGAAGGCUCUGCAGAAGAUCAGGACCUCCUUUCUCGCUGUUCUCCCCUACGGAAAGCCUGGGGGACAUACUGUACAGGAAAACCAAGCAUGUGUUUGACUACACAGUCACGGACAUGAAAGACAAAAAGCCUGAUGUUUCAAGGUGUGGUUCCAAUCUAAGCCAAUGUGUUAGACCAGCCCCCUUCCCAGUACAGAAGGGCUUCAGUGUAUCCACAUCUAGGAACAGCCAGAGAAGGGAACAAUCAAUUUAUCAGAUGACGGUGAUCAGAAAAGAUCAUGUCGGUAGGCCUUUACUGAUGCUGAAAGGCAAUGCAAGUCUAACCAACAGUGAUGGAAGCAACAACACGGAUUCAUUUGCUUAUUCAUCCAGACUCACAAAGGGAAAACCAUCAACCUCUUCUCAGCCAGGAUCUGACAUCAGGAUCCCACCAGUAGUAACCAGGAAGCAUUCUGCCAUCAUCAGAGAGGAAAGAAAGAUGCACUACUACAAAGACCUGUGUCASCAGGUGGAGGAGAAGAGACAACAAAAAGCGAGGGAGAGGAGAAGGAUUACCACCGCCGAACAAACUCACAACGAGACAAUGCAGUUCUGCACCUGGGGGAUGCCAGGGAGCGGAGCCCCAAACUACCACCUGGACUCUGUGAGAAGGAACAAGUUCAGUUGCACAGGAAUGAUACCCCAGGAACAGCUCCGCUGUAAAGGCUUCAGCGGGAUCCCUUUUCAUCUGCAUGUCAAAUGACGGCCAUUUUAUGGUCCCCAGCCCAGACGAUUGAUGCUCAGCUCAGACAACUGAUAAACCCAUUAAACUAACGCAGUAGUAGACCAAAACACUACACUCUGCUGACUUUUGUCCCAUAGGUGGUAGAUAAGUCAUCGAUUAGCUGGAUUUCAGCACUCCUUGGCACUUGUAUCCAUUGAUUCAUUUACUGUUUCAAACUCCCAUGCGUGCAUAACCACACUCAAAACAAUUCUGGAUCUAAGGUUUUACACAUUCUGAUGGUGUUCAAAUCAGUUGUGAUGGUAGUGAUGCACAUAAACAGUUUUAUAUAUACACUGCUCAAAAAAAUAAAGGG